AUGGCUCUCAAAGGACAAUCUCUCGGACCACCAGCCUCUGUCGAGGAGUACCUGCAGUCCCGAGCCCAGAACAAGGCCGACCUGAGCAAAUUCAACAUGCUGCUGCCGGAAACCGAGGCAGAAUUCAUAUCCAUCACCAACACGGUCGACGAUAUUGGCUGCCCUGAAAACUUUACAUACAUUGACAAGAACAUCUACUCGGAUGAUAUCCCACGCCCAUGCACUCCAUUGCACUUCUGCGAGUGCGUUGGCGAAUGCGGAAAUAACUGCGUCUGCGUGCGCGAGAGCUACUAUGAUGCCAAUGGCAAGGUACAAGUUGACCGCCAUGUGCCCCUAAUGGAAUGCGGGCCCAAAUGCAAGUGCGGCGACAACUGCUCGACGCGCGUUGUCCAAUGGGGCUCCAAAACCAAAUUCGAAAUAUACCGGUCCCUGUUCAAAGGCUGGGGCGUACGCGCCGCUCAGUUUAUUGGCAAAGGCACGUUCAUCGCUGAGUACGUCGGCGAAGAUACGGCCGCCGGCCUCACGUAUCUGUUUGAUCUUGACAUGGCGUACACGUACGGCGCGAGCGCUGAUUUUUCAAUUGAUGCGAAAACGUACGGAAACAUUUCGCAUUUUUUCAACCACUCUUGCGAUCCGAACAUGGAGAUCAGGCAGGUGUUUAUUGAACAUCGGGAUCCGCGCUUGCACCGCCUGGCUUUCUUUUCCACCAGGGACAUUGACUCGGGUGAGGAGUUGACCUUUGGCUAUAGUCCGUCUGCGAGCGACGAGGGCACUGUGAGCUUUGAUUGCUACUGUGGCUCGAAUAUCUGCCGUGGCAGAAUUAACUUUUAA